GCUACGAUCUUUUUGUUUCCAAGCAUGCCUUGGCAACCACGUUUAUUUAGGCAACCGCUGAAAAUGUUGUUAGUUAUUCGCUUUAUUACGGUUACUAGCUGAAGCUAAGUCCGCUCGCCAUUGAUUAUUUCCUCGGUUCGAUUUCGUGCAAAGUGGUCCAGUGUAUUUCUGUGAAAUGCCAUCGGAAGAGUGUAACGACGCGUGGCUGGAAACGUUCCGUGCUGCUGUACAGGAUCCGGAACGAACGGAACGGCAGCGAGCAUUGAAGAGCUUCGGGCAAGACUUUACCCGCGACGCCAUCAUCGCCGAAGAAUGUCCCAGAAUAUUCGACGAUACGUACCUGCACAUUCUCCGCUGCUAUGGCGAUCGGUUCGAGUCGGUGCGGACGCUUGCCGUAGCGGCAAUGGACGCUUUGCUGGGUAAGCUUCCUCCGAACGAUUACUAUCUCGGUUGCAUCGUGCCGGUGCUGGCAAAACGCAUCGGCCAGGCCGAAACGAUCGAAGAUAGCGAGGAAGUGCGGUUGCAGCUGCUGGAGCAGCUGAAAACGCUGGUGGCAAAGUAUAGCGACCCGGACGGAAGCCGCAGCGGCGAUCCGCUGCUGAAGGUGUUGGACAGUGUGAUUGACACACUGAUCAAAAGCUUGCGCGACCCGUUUCCGGCAGCACAGAAAAAAAGCUGCGAAAUCGUGAUCGCCCUGGCGGAGGCCACGUCGAGUUUGCACUACCGUGCCGAAGCGCUGGUGGCGCCGGCCAAAUCGAUUCUCACCCAUCGGCACUCGGCGAAUCGUAUUGCCGCGGUGGAAGCGCUGGGUGUCCUGUCGCUGCACAUUCUCUCCAAUGGUGACUGCGUGUCGGAAAUCAUUAUGGCCGUGUCGCCGUUGCUUAUGGACGAUGUGCCCUUCGUAAGGCGUGCGUGCGGUCGGGUCGGGUGCCUGAUGCUGCAGAAGCUGCGCGAUCGGUACUCGUUCUUUCAUCGCAUCCUUCCGCUGGUGUUGAAUUGCUUGUGCGAUGACACGGUCCAGGUACGAGAAGACAUAGAAGCUGGUUGGAAGCAAGCAGGGGAGCUGUACUAUCGUGAAAAUGAGACUGAACUUUCCAAGGCUGCCUUGAUCGAAACGGUCCCGCAAGGGUAUCCCGUCGAACGGUACCGGCGACCUACGCUGGCCUGUCGGGCCAUUGUGCAGCGUAGUCUGCGGGUGGUCAAUUUGGUACUGCACGAAAUGGAAGAGUGGAAGGAAAACAUUCGUCUUCAAGCUACGAAGCUGCUGAAGCAGAUAGUGCUCCAUGCCGAGCGGUCGUUUUCUACGCUUUUUCUCGAGGUGAAUCCGGUGCUAGCGAAAGCGUGCAUGGACGCUGAAAAAAGUAUCGUCUCGGAGGCUCUCAGUGUGUGUGAGUUGAUGGGCAUUUUGCUUGACUACGAUACUUGGAGUCAGCAUAUGUUAGCCACAUUUCAAAAUUACCCAACAAUCGGACAGCUGCGCUGUAUGCGUACACUGUUUGCUAGCUGUGUACAGGACGAGGCCAAAUGCAAAGACGUACGAAAGUUUGCCACCCUGCUACUCGAUCCGGACGUUUGUCAUAACCACCGGGAUGCCGUCUAUCAGCGUGAGUUGCUGGAAUUUUGCAGCAUCCUUGCCUCGACCGGACAAAAGCAAGAGGCACUGACUGCAAGGUUGGAAGAAAUUACGGUUAGUGAAUCGAACGACGGUACCGCCGGUGAGCAACUGACCCUUGAGCGCACCCUGUACACUGUCGCUUUAAAGGUGGUGGCCUUCUGCUAUGGCUUAGAAGAUCGAGCAUCUGUUCGCGAUUUGGGCAUGACGGUGUUGGGACUGCUGGACAGUAACAUAGAUCGCUUGCAUCAGCACCAUUUGGCAAGCGUAUUGAGUAAAAUAGAACACCUCGAGAGCGAAAAUUCUGACGCAAGUACAAGCAUUCUCCUUCUGUGCGGCAUCGUUGCUGUUUGCGGAUUUCAGGAUUCAUAUUUCACUAUCCUGAACGAAACUCUGCAAAAAGCUGUUGCACAUGCGGCACCUGAGGGGAAGGUAAAACUUUUCAGUGCUAUUUCCGUGGCAAUGCUUUCUUGGAAUGUUCAUAACGCGCAAUCAGAGGAAGAUCAAAUCGCCAUGCUGAAAGCUUUAACUGAUGCCGUAAUUGCACCUCACCUGGUAUGGUCGGCGGGCAGAAGUGCUGAAUCUGUGCGAGCAAUGGCAACAGCUUGCUUUGCUUCCAUGGCACAAGGGGUCGAUACGAAUGUGUAUAUGUCACUCCUGCCAACCUACCUGAACGUACUCUCCGGUCUUAUCGAUGAUAAUUGUAUCGCUACCCGUGCCUAUAGUUUGAAAGCACUCGUGCGGCUUCAAGCUUUAAAUUUUGAAUCGCUAAAGCUUAUAGCGUUUCCGAUCAUGUCGCGAUUAGAUGACCCAAGCGGGGAGGUUCGUGAGUUGGCAGCGGUGUGUCUCGGACGUCUUCAAUUAGAUGUGGCUUUAUCAGAGGAUGGACAGCAAAACACUGUCGAGCGUUGGCAGGACAUUUUGCGACAAAUUCUGUCAGUCAUGUUUCUUCACUUGGAGCAUCCUGAAACCAAGCUGCGCUGUGCUAUUUUCGAUUCUUUGAAACGGUUACAUACUGACAAUCGAGAAUUGAUCGAGCGUUUGGCUAGCGAUGUGCCUUCUGGAUGUUCAUACAAAAAGGAUCUCGAAACCAUCACGUCCAGGACAAAAACUACAUGAAAAUAAGUAUUCCCUUAUCCCUUGCAUAGCUUGAAGUUUAUGGGGCCUCAAGUUAACGCAGUCUGUUGGAAAUUAAAUUGAAUUGCAUUGUAGUUAGUUUAGAAAAUUUGAAUAAUUGAAAUUGCAUCAAUUAUAAUUUAUCACAUUUAUUGGUCCUUCGAACCGGAUUGUGAUUACGGAUUUUGUAUUCAUCGCUCUGCAUCAAGAGCUCGGGAAUUCGCUCUGCAUCAAGAGCAGCAAGUGUGCUGAUUAAUCGUCGUCGUUUACCGCCAUCGCUAAUCGCCCUGCAUCAGGGGCAACGGCCAACGAUCGAUCGCCAUCGCAUUUUCAAAUUUCGCGCCACGUAAAUUUGUUUCGGUUCGGUUUCUCGUAACGUGAGUGUUUGUGGAAAUGGAUAAGAAGAUAAAAGCCUUCCAACUAAAGAAAAGGAUCGCAGUGGAAAACAUCAGUGCUCUCGAACGGUUCCGUGAAAGCUUUUCCGGCGAUGACGCCAAGCAAAUCCCGGAGGCGUCAGCAGACUUGGACAGGCAUAAGGACGAGUUUUUCUCUGCUUUUGUUAGAAUUAAUGUCAGCGUCUUGUAUACGCAUGGUGACAUUAGUUUCUGGUAAUUCAAAUUUCGACUGGUGUAGAGAUGGACAUUUAAAGUCGGGUAGAGACGAGAUUUGUUCUACAUUUAUUACUGUGUUUAGUUUUUGGGUGUGUCUAUUUGGAAUGGUGCUAGUGUUCAAAGUACAUGUAUUCUGUAUAUAACCGCCGAUACGAGUUACUAGUCAUGGUUCUGCAGGUACUGGAGUAGGUUUGUCAGAUACUAUUUGUUGUGGAUUAAUUCUUAUUGGUACUGCUAAUGAUGGUUUGUUGUUGAGAACAAGACCAGUUGAGUGUAUUGGGGUAUCCGUUUUUGUGUGGUACUUGGCUGUACGAAGGAUUUUUAGUUGCAAUUCAGUCAAUGAGUUGGCUGUUUCAAACUUAACCAAGUAUGAUUGACGCAAAUUACAAGUAGCAGCGGCGUUAGGGUCAACAAAAUCCACGUUAUAACGGGUCUGGUGAUACUCAUCUGACAAGUCUAAGAAUGCUGUUCCUGAUACUGUGAAUUUACUUAUACAACGAAGGUUUCUAUGGUUUAAAGGACCGAUUGAUUAUAUUAUGACUCGUUUAUCAUGAGAUGUUCUGAAGUUUUUGAUUGCGUUGUCUAGAUCGUGUUUAAUGUCAGGUUGAGAACAAGCAUACGGCCAUACGUAGUUUUUGUUUUUAGGAAGUAAUUGACGUAUGUCAACUACUAGGUCCGGGUAUGAGUCACACAUCGUCGUUACACCUUGGUGGAAAGGUAUCAUUAUGUAAGGUGUUGCAGGUAAGAACAUUUGUAAUCUUGUAUAUGUCUGUCCGCCAAUAAGUACUGAAGGUAACAUAGAUAAUGCCGUCUCAUAAUUCGUGAUUAUCAGGCCGGUCAUGGUGGUUAGAAGGGUGGUGUAUUUAAUGACCUGUGGGGGUAGGUGCAGCUGUCUAGCCAUAGAAGCGACUAUGGUGUCCAUCACUCUUGCUGUGAAACCUAAAGAUUUCAUUAGCAAUGCUGUGUAUGCUGGUGUCAUAACGAUAUGUGGGACGAUGUUCAUCAUCAUAGUACGAUCUUUACAACGUCUGCGUAGGUAAGGAACGAUUAGGCCGUGCGUCGUAAUUAGGCUGCUAAUAGGGUGUUGAUAUAUAAGUACUAUCAGAUCCCUACUACAACCAGCCACAAAACGCAGAAUACGCCAUGUGUUACCCAUAGAGUAAACUGUUUUUACGGUAACACUCACGUUCUUGCAGAAAGCUUUUGAAAUAUCGUAUACUGACAGUAUUAAAGAUAUAAAGCCUUUUGAAGUGGCACUGGUCAAUUGCUUGAACGAAGUUAGCGUUUGUGUAGCAGCGGAGAUGAUCUCUGGUGCUUCACUGGCUGCUAGUUCUUCGGCAAUGAUUUCUCCGGUUUCCACUGCUGCUGCUAUGAAGUUACCUUCGACUAGGUCCUAAACGAUUUCCAUAGCUUGGUGAGUUGUUAGUUCGUUAACAGAUUCAAUAAAGGGUGAAGUCUCACCUACUACGGUUUCGGUUAUUUCAGAUGUUAUUUCAGACAUAAUACCUUCGACGGUCUCAGGUAUUACGUUAGGUACAGCGGUAUUCAUAAUUUCCUCUACAGUUCCAGUCUGGAUGGCAGUUUCCGUGGUGAUUGUAGUCAUUUCUCGAUGGAAGAUAGAAGGUGUAGCCCAGAAGUCUAUUUCAGAAAUUAGUUCUUCUACAACAUCCAUGAUUACGGUUGGAGUGUGGGUUAUUUUAACAUCGUGUCUUCGGAUACGACUUCGGAUACUACGUUGGAGAUGGUGUUAGCGGCUGUCUCAUGAGUUUCCUGGAUUUUCAUAAGGUCUGAGAGAGUAAAAGGUGCAGAACCAUCGCAAGAUACUAAACAUGAAGAUGAUUUUCCUAGAACAAAGUUGAUUACAUCUACUAUGUCCCCGGAACCAACUCUAACGUCAGUUUUGCAGAAAUGAAAAUCUUUGUUGUAGCGUUCAGUUCCAGCAAUCACGUGGCAUACUACAGGGUUGAAUUGCACUACGCCGCUGAAUUGUGGGCAAGUUGUUACGACGUCGGUUAACUUAGGGAAGAAACCUAGUUUCUUAAUGCACUCGAUCGGAACCUCGUUAGGUAAUCCUGUUUUUAGAGCAGUGGACUGUAUAUCCAUAGGUCACUGGUUCAUAUCCGGUUCGAAUUCCGGCCACCAAAGAAAGUAUUUCUUUAAAUUAUCUGAGAAAUUAAAUUGUAGGAUUAGUAGUAGAAUACCCUUUCGCACCGAUUCCUUCCAUUGAGGCCCUUUAUGAAUCUCGGAAUUAAAGAGAGCUUUGCAAGUCUCAUGAUUGGGGGUAAUUGCUGUAUGUGCUGUAAGUGUUUUUUCGGUUUUGAGUGCACGUUACUCCGUUUUAGUUUUUGGAUGUGUCUAUUUGGAAUGGUGCUAGUGUUCAAAGUACAUGUAUUCUGUAUAUAACCGCCGAUACGAGUUACUAGUCAUGGUUCUGCAGGUACUGGAGUAGGUUUGUCAGAUACUAUUUGUUGUGGAUUAAUUCUUAUUGGUACUGCUAAUGAUGGUUUGUUGUUGAGAACAAGACCAGUUGAGUGUAUUGGGGUAUCCGUUUUUGUGUGGUACUUGGCUGUACGAAGGAUUUUUAGUUGCAAUUCAGUCAAUGAGUUGGCUGUUUCAAACUUAACCAAGUAUGAUUGACGCAAAUUACAAGUAGCAGCGGCGUUAGGGUCAACAAAAUCCACGUUAUAACGGGUCUGGUGAUACUCAUCUGACAAGUCUAAGAAUGCUGUUCCUGAUACUGUGAAUUUACUUAUACAACGAAGGUUUCUAUGGUUUAAAGGACCGAUUGAUUAUAUUAUGACUCGUUUAUCAUGAGAUGUUCUGAAGUUUUUGAUUGCGUUGUCUAGAUCGUGUUUAAUGUCAGGUUGAGAACAAGCAUACGGCCAUACGUAGUUUUUGUUUUUAGGAAGUAAUUGACGUAUGUCAACUACUAGGUCCGGGUAUGAGUCACACAUCGUCGUUACACCUUGGUGGAAAGGUAUCAUUAUGUAAGGUGUUGCAGGUAAGAACAUUUGUAAUCUUGUAUAUGUCUGUCCGCCAAUAAGUACUGAAGGUAACAUAGAUAAUGCCGUCUCAUAAUUCGUGAUUAUCAGGCCGGUCAUGGUGGUUAGAAGGGUGGUGUAUUUAAUGACCUGUGGGGGUAGGUGCAGCUGUCUAGCCAUAGAAGCGACUAUGGUGUCCAUCACUCUUGCUGUGAAACCUAAAGAUUUCAUUAGCAAUGCUGUGUAUGCUGGUGUCAUAACGAUAUGUGGGACGAUGUUCAUCAUCAUAGUACGAUCUUUACAACGUCUGCGUAGGUAAGGAACGAUUAGGCCGUGCGUCGUAAUUAGGCUGCUAAUAGGGUGUUGAUAUAUAAGUACUAUCAGAUCCCUACUACAACCAGCCACAAAACGCAGAAUACGCCAUGUGUUACCCAUAGAGUAAACUGUUUUUACGGUAACACUCACGUUCUUGCAGAAAGCUUUUGAAAUAUCGUAUACUGACAGUAUUAAAGAUAUAAAGCCUUUUGAAGUGGCACUGGUCAAUUGCUUGAACGAAGUUAGCGUUUGUGUAGCAGCGGAGAUGAUCUCUGGUGCUUCACUGGCUGCUAGUUCUUCGGCAAUGAUUUCUCCGGUUUCCACUGCUGCUGCUAUGAAGUUACCUUCGACUAGGUCCUAAACGAUUUCCAUAGCUUGGUGAGUUGUUAGUUCGUUAACAGAUUCAAUAAAGGGUGAAGUCUCACCUACUACGGUUUCGGUUAUUUCAGAUGUUAUUUCAGACAUAAUACCUUCGACGGUCUCAGGUAUUACGUUAGGUACAGCGGUAUUCAUAAUUUCCUCUACAGUUCCAGUCUGGAUGGCAGUUUCCGUGGUGAUUGUAGUCAUUUCUCGAUGGAAGAUAGAAGGUGUAGCCCAGAAGUCUAUUUCAGAAAUUAGUUCUUCUACAACAUCCAUGAUUACGGUUGGAGUGUGGGUUAUUUUAACAUCGUGUCUUCGGAUACGACUUCGGAUACUACGUUGGAGAUGGUGUUAGCGGCUGUCUCAUGAGUUUCCUGGAUUUUCAUAAGGUCUGAGAGAGUAAAAGGUGCAGAACCAUCGCAAGAUACUAAACAUGAAGAUGAUUUUCCUAGAACAAAGUUGAUUACAUCUACUAUGUCCCCGGAACCAACUCUAACGUCAGUUUUGCAGAAAUGAAAAUCUUUGUUGUAGCGUUCAGUUCCAGCAAUCACGUGGCAUACUACAGGGUUGAAUUGCACUACGCCGCUGAAUUGUGGGCAAGUUGUUACGACGUCGGUUAACUUAGGGAAGAAACCUAGUUUCUUAAUGCACUCGAUCGGAACCUCGUUAGGUAAUCCUGUUUUUAGAGCAGUGGACUGUAUAUCCAUAGGUCACUGGUUCAUAUCCGGUUCGAAUUCCGGCCACCAAAGAAAGUAUUUCUUUAAAUUAUCUGAGAAAUUAAAUUGUAGGAUUAGUAGUAGAAUACCCUUUCGCACCGAUUCCUUCCAUUGAGGCCCUUUAUGAAUCUCGGAAUUAAAGAGAGCUUUGCAAGUCUCAUGAUUGGGGGUAAUUGCUGUAUGUGCUGUAAGUGUUUUUUCGGUUUUGAGUGCACGUUACUCCGUUUUAGUUUUUGGAUGUGUCUAUUUGGAAUGGUGCUAGUGUUCAAAGUACAUGUAUUCUGUAUAUAACCGCCGAUACGAGUUACUAGUCAUGGUUCUGCAGGUACUGGAGUAGGUUUGUCAGAUACUAUUUGUUGUGGAUUAAUUCUUAUUGGUACUGCUAAUGAUGGUUUGUUGUUGAGAACAAGACCAGUUGAGUGUAUUGGGGUAUCCGUUUUUGUGUGGUACUUGGCUGUACGAAGGAUUUUUAGUUGCAAUUCAGUCAAUGAGUUGGCUGUUUCAAACUUAACCAAGUAUGAUUGACGCAAAUUACAAGUAGCAGCGGCGUUAGGGUCAACAAAAUCCACGUUAUAACGGGUCUGGUGAUACUCAUCUGACAAGUCUAAGAAUGCUGUUCCUGAUACUGUGAAUUUACUUAUACAACGAAGGUUUCUAUGGUUUAAAGGACCGAUUGAUUAUAUUAUGACUCGUUUAUCAUGAGAUGUUCUGAAGUUUUUGAUUGCGUUGUCUAGAUCGUGUUUAAUGUCAGGUUGAGAACAAGCAUACGGCCAUACGUAGUUUUUGUUUUUAGGAAGUAAUUGACGUAUGUCAACUACUAGGUCCGGGUAUGAGUCACACAUCGUCGUUACACCUUGGUGGAAAGGUAUCAUUAUGUAAGGUGUUGCAGGUAAGAACAUUUGUAAUCUUGUAUAUGUCUGUCCGCCAAUAAGUACUGAAGGUAACAUAGAUAAUGCCGUCUCAUAAUUCGUGAUUAUCAGGCCGGUCAUGGUGGUUAGAAGGGUGGUGUAUUUAAUGACCUGUGGGGGUAGGUGCAGCUGUCUAGCCAUAGAAGCGACUAUGGUGUCCAUCACUCUUGCUGUGAAACCUAAAGAUUUCAUUAGCAAUGCUGUGUAUGCUGGUGUCAUAACGAUAUGUGGGACGAUGUUCAUCAUCAUAGUACGAUCUUUACAACGUCUGCGUAGGUAAGGAACGAUUAGGCCGUGCGUCGUAAUUAGGCUGCUAAUAGGGUGUUGAUAUAUAAGUACUAUCAGAUCCCUACUACAACCAGCCACAAAACGCAGAAUACGCCAUGUGUUACCCAUAGAGUAAACUGUUUUUACGGUAACACUCACGUUCUUGCAGAAAGCUUUUGAAAUAUCGUAUACUGACAGUAUUAAAGAUAUAAAGCCUUUUGAAGUGGCACUGGUCAAUUGCUUGAACGAAGUUAGCGUUUGUGUAGCAGCGGAGAUGAUCUCUGGUGCUUCACUGGCUGCUAGUUCUUCGGCAAUGAUUUCUCCGGUUUCCACUGCUGCUGCUAUGAAGUUACCUUCGACUAGGUCCUAAACGAUUUCCAUAGCUUGGUGAGUUGUUAGUUCGUUAACAGAUUCAAUAAAGGGUGAAGUCUCACCUACUACGGUUUCGGUUAUUUCAGAUGUUAUUUCAGACAUAAUACCUUCGACGGUCUCAGGUAUUACGUUAGGUACAGCGGUAUUCAUAAUUUCCUCUACAGUUCCAGUCUGGAUGGCAGUUUCCGUGGUGAUUGUAGUCAUUUCUCGAUGGAAGAUAGAAGGUGUAGCCCAGAAGUCUAUUUCAGAAAUUAGUUCUUCUACAACAUCCAUGAUUACGGUUGGAGUGUGGGUUAUUUUAACAUCGUGUCUUCGGAUACGACUUCGGAUACUACGUUGGAGAUGGUGUUAGCGGCUGUCUCAUGAGUUUCCUGGAUUUUCAUAAGGUCUGAGAGAGUAAAAGGUGCAGAACCAUCGCAAGAUACUAAACAUGAAGAUGAUUUUCCUAGAACAAAGUUGAUUACAUCUACUAUGUCCCCGGAACCAACUCUAACGUCAGUUUUGCAGAAAUGAAAAUCUUUGUUGUAGCGUUCAGUUCCAGCAAUCACGUGGCAUACUACAGGGUUGAAUUGCACUACGCCGCUGAAUUGUGGGCAAGUUGUUACGACGUCGGUUAACUUAGGGAAGAAACCUAGUUUCUUAAUGCACUCGAUCGGAACCUCGUUAGGUAAUCCUGUUUUUAGAGCAGUGGACUGUAUAUCCAUAGGUCACUGGUUCAUAUCCGGUUCGAAUUCCGGCCACCAAAGAAAGUAUUUCUUUAAAUUAUCUGAGAAAUUAAAUUGUAGGAUUAGUAGUAGAAUACCCUUUCGCACCGAUUCCUUCCAUUGAGGCCCUUUAUGAAUCUCGGAAUUAAAGAGAGCUUUGCAAGUCUCAUGAUUGGGGGUAAUUGCUGUAUGUGCUGUAAGUGUUUUUUCGGUUUUGAGUGCACGUUACUCCGUUUUAGUUUUUGGAUGUGUCUAUUUGGAAUGGUGCUAGUGUUCAAAGUACAUGUAUUCUGUAUAUAACCGCCGAUACGAGUUACUAGUCAUGGUUCUGCAGGUACUGGAGUAGGUUUGUCAGAUACUAUUUGUUGUGGAUUAAUUCUUAUUGGUACUGCUAAUGAUGGUUUGUUGUUGAGAACAAGACCAGUUGAGUGUAUUGGGGUAUCCGUUUUUGUGUGGUACUUGGCUGUACGAAGGAUUUUUAGUUGCAAUUCAGUCAAUGAGUUGGCUGUUUCAAACUUAACCAAGUAUGAUUGACGCAAAUUACAAGUAGCAGCGGCGUUAGGGUCAACAAAAUCCACGUUAUAACGGGUCUGGUGAUACUCAUCUGACAAGUCUAAGAAUGCUGUUCCUGAUACUGUGAAUUUACUUAUACAACGAAGGUUUCUAUGGUUUAAAGGACCGAUUGAUUAUAUUAUGACUCGUUUAUCAUGAGAUGUUCUGAAGUUUUUGAUUGCGUUGUCUAGAUCGUGUUUAAUGUCAGGUUGAGAACAAGCAUACGGCCAUACGUAGUUUUUGUUUUUAGGAAGUAAUUGACGUAUGUCAACUACUAGGUCCGGGUAUGAGUCACACAUCGUCGUUACACCUUGGUGGAAAGGUAUCAUUAUGUAAGGUGUUGCAGGUAAGAACAUUUGUAAUCUUGUAUAUGUCUGUCCGCCAAUAAGUACUGAAGGUAACAUAGAUAAUGCCGUCUCAUAAUUCGUGAUUAUCAGGCCGGUCAUGGUGGUUAGAAGGGUGGUGUAUUUAAUGACCUGUGGGGGUAGGUGCAGCUGUCUAGCCAUAGAAGCGACUAUGGUGUCCAUCACUCUUGCUGUGAAACCUAAAGAUUUCAUUAGCAAUGCUGUGUAUGCUGGUGUCAUAACGAUAUGUGGGACGAUGUUCAUCAUCAUAGUACGAUCUUUACAACGUCUGCGUAGGUAAGGAACGAUUAGGCCGUGCGUCGUAAUUAGGCUGCUAAUAGGGUGUUGAUAUAUAAGUACUAUCAGAUCCCUACUACAACCAGCCACAAAACGCAGAAUACGCCAUGUGUUACCCAUAGAGUAAACUGUUUUUACGGUAACACUCACGUUCUUGCAGAAAGCUUUUGAAAUAUCGUAUACUGACAGUAUUAAAGAUAUAAAGCCUUUUGAAGUGGCACUGGUCAAUUGCUUGAACGAAGUUAGCGUUUGUGUAGCAGCGGAGAUGAUCUCUGGUGCUUCACUGGCUGCUAGUUCUUCGGCAAUGAUUUCUCCGGUUUCCACUGCUGCUGCUAUGAAGUUACCUUCGACUAGGUCCUAAACGAUUUCCAUAGCUUGGUGAGUUGUUAGUUCGUUAACAGAUUCAAUAAAGGGUGAAGUCUCACCUACUACGGUUUCGGUUAUUUCAGAUGUUAUUUCAGACAUAAUACCUUCGACGGUCUCAGGUAUUACGUUAGGUACAGCGGUAUUCAUAAUUUCCUCUACAGUUCCAGUCUGGAUGGCAGUUUCCGUGGUGAUUGUAGUCAUUUCUCGAUGGAAGAUAGAAGGUGUAGCCCAGAAGUCUAUUUCAGAAAUUAGUUCUUCUACAACAUCCAUGAUUACGGUUGGAGUGUGGGUUAUUUUAACAUCGUGUCUUCGGAUACGACUUCGGAUACUACGUUGGAGAUGGUGUUAGCGGCUGUCUCAUGAGUUUCCUGGAUUUUCAUAAGGUCUGAGAGAGUAAAAGGUGCAGAACCAUCGCAAGAUACUAAACAUGAAGAUGAUUUUCCUAGAACAAAGUUGAUUACAUCUACUAUGUCCCCGGAACCAACUCUAACGUCAGUUUUGCAGAAAUGAAAAUCUUUGUUGUAGCGUUCAGUUCCAGCAAUCACGUGGCAUACUACAGGGUUGAAUUGCACUACGCCGCUGAAUUGUGGGCAAGUUGUUACGACGUCGGUUAACUUAGGGAAGAAACCUAGUUUCUUAAUGCACUCGAUCGGAACCUCGUUAGGUAAUCCUGUUUUUAGAGCAGUGGACUGUAUAUCCAUAGGUCACUGGUUCAUAUCCGGUUCGAAUUCCGGCCACCAAAGAAAGUAUUUCUUUAAAUUAUCUGAGAAAUUAAAUUGUAGGAUUAGUAGUAGAAUACCCUUUCGCACCGAUUCCUUCCAUUGAGGCCCUUUAUGAAUCUCGGAAUUAAAGAGAGCUUUGCAAGUCUCAUGAUUGGGGGUAAUUGCUGUAUGUGCUGUAAGUGUUUUUUCGGUUUUGAGUGCACGUUACUCCGUUUUAGUUUUUGGAUGUGUCUAUUUGGAAUGGUGCUAGUGUUCAAAGUACAUGUAUUCUGUAUAUAACCGCCGAUACGAGUUACUAGUCAUGGUUCUGCAGGUACUGGAGUAGGUUUGUCAGAUACUAUUUGUUGUGGAUUAAUUCUUAUUGGUACUGCUAAUGAUGGUUUGUUGUUGAGAACAAGACCAGUUGAGUGUAUUGGGGUAUCCGUUUUUGUGUGGUACUUGGCUGUACGAAGGAUUUUUAGUUGCAAUUCAGUCAAUGAGUUGGCUGUUUCAAACUUAACCAAGUAUGAUUGACGCAAAUUACAAGUAGCAGCGGCGUUAGGGUCAACAAAAUCCACGUUAUAACGGGUCUGGUGAUACUCAUCUGACAAGUCUAAGAAUGCUGUUCCUGAUACUGUGAAUUUACUUAUACAACGAAGGUUUCUAUGGUUUAAAGGACCGAUUGAUUAUAUUAUGACUCGUUUAUCAUGAGAUGUUCUGAAGUUUUUGAUUGCGUUGUCUAGAUCGUGUUUAAUGUCAGGUUGAGAACAAGCAUACGGCCAUACGUAGUUUUUGUUUUUAGGAAGUAAUUGACGUAUGUCAACUACUAGGUCCGGGUAUGAGUCACACAUCGUCGUUACACCUUGGUGGAAAGGUAUCAUUAUGUAAGGUGUUGCAGGUAAGAACAUUUGUAAUCUUGUAUAUGUCUGUCCGCCAAUAAGUACUGAAGGUAACAUAGAUAAUGCCGUCUCAUAAUUCGUGAUUAUCAGGCCGGUCAUGGUGGUUAGAAGGGUGGUGUAUUUAAUGACCUGUGGGGGUAGGUGCAGCUGUCUAGCCAUAGAAGCGACUAUGGUGUCCAUCACUCUUGCUGUGAAACCUAAAGAUUUCAUUAGCAAUGCUGUGUAUGCUGGUGUCAUAACGAUAUGUGGGACGAUGUUCAUCAUCAUAGUACGAUCUUUACAACGUCUGCGUAGGUAAGGAACGAUUAGGCCGUGCGUCGUAAUUAGGCUGCUAAUAGGGUGUUGAUAUAUAAGUACUAUCAGAUCCCUACUACAACCAGCCACAAAACGCAGAAUACGCCAUGUGUUACCCAUAGAGUAAACUGUUUUUACGGUAACACUCACGUUCUUGCAGAAAGCUUUUGAAAUAUCGUAUACUGACAGUAUUAAAGAUAUAAAGCCUUUUGAAGUGGCACUGGUCAAUUGCUUGAACGAAGUUAGCGUUUGUGUAGCAGCGGAGAUGAUCUCUGGUGCUUCACUGGCUGCUAGUUCUUCGGCAAUGAUUUCUCCGGUUUCCACUGCUGCUGCUAUGAAGUUACCUUCGACUAGGUCCUAAACGAUUUCCAUAGCUUGGUGAGUUGUUAGUUCGUUAACAGAUUCAAUAAAGGGUGAAGUCUCACCUACUACGGUUUCGGUUAUUUCAGAUGUUAUUUCAGACAUAAUACCUUCGACGGUCUCAGGUAUUACGUUAGGUACAGCGGUAUUCAUAAUUUCCUCUACAGUUCCAGUCUGGAUGGCAGUUUCCGUGGUGAUUGUAGUCAUUUCUCGAUGGAAGAUAGAAGGUGUAGCCCAGAAGUCUAUUUCAGAAAUUAGUUCUUCUACAACAUCCAUGAUUACGGUUGGAGUGUGGGUUAUUUUAACAUCGUGUCUUCGGAUACGACUUCGGAUACUACGUUGGAGAUGGUGUUAGCGGCUGUCUCAUGAGUUUCCUGGAUUUUCAUAAGGUCUGAGAGAGUAAAAGGUGCAGAACCAUCGCAAGAUACUAAACAUGAAGAUGAUUUUCCUAGAACAAAGUUGAUUACAUCUACUAUGUCCCCGGAACCAACUCUAACGUCAGUUUUGCAGAAAUGAAAAUCUUUGUUGUAGCGUUCAGUUCCAGCAAUCACGUGGCAUACUACAGGGUUGAAUUGCACUACGCCGCUGAAUUGUGGGCAAGUUGUUACGACGUCGGUUAACUUAGGGAAGAAACCUAGUUUCUUAAUGCACUCGAUCGGAACCUCGUUAGGUAAUCCUGUUUUUAGAGCAGUGGACUGUAUAUCCAUAGGUCACUGGUUCAUAUCCGGUUCGAAUUCCGGCCACCAAAGAAAGUAUUUCUUUAAAUUAUCUGAGAAAUUAAAUUGUAGGAUUAGUAGUAGAAUACCCUUUCGCACCGAUUCCUUCCAUUGAGGCCCUUUAUGAAUCUCGGAAUUAAAGAGAGCUUUGCAAGUCUCAUGAUUGGGGGUAAUUGCUGUAUGUGCUGUAAGUGUUUUUUCGGUUUUGAGUGCACGUUACUCCGUUUUAGUUUUUGGAUGUGUCUAUUUGGAAUGGUGCUAGUGUUCAAAGUACAUGUAUUCUGUAUAUAACCGCCGAUACGAGUUACUAGUCAUGGUUCUGCAGGUACUGGAGUAGGUUUGUCAGAUACUAUUUGUUGUGGAUUAAUUCUUAUUGGUACUGCUAAUGAUGGUUUGUUGUUGAGAACAAGACCAGUUGAGUGUAUUGGGGUAUCCGUUUUUGUGUGGUACUUGGCUGUACGAAGGAUUUUUAGUUGCAAUUCAGUCAAUGAGUUGGCUGUUUCAAACUUAACCAAGUAUGAUUGACGCAAAUUACAAGUAGCAGCGGCGUUAGGGUCAACAAAAUCCACGUUAUAACGGGUCUGGUGAUACUCAUCUGACAAGUCUAAGAAUGCUGUUCCUGAUACUGUGAAUUUACUUAUACAACGAAGGUUUCUAUGGUUUAAAGGACCGAUUGAUUAUAUUAUGACUCGUUUAUCAUGAGAUGUUCUGAAGUUUUUGAUUGCGUUGUCUAGAUCGUGUUUAAUGUCAGGUUGAGAACAAGCAUACGGCCAUACGUAGUUUUUGUUUUUAGGAAGUAAUUGACGUAUGUCAACUACUAGGUCCGGGUAUGAGUCACACAUCGUCGUUACACCUUGGUGGAAAGGUAUCAUUAUGUAAGGUGUUGCAGGUAAGAACAUUUGUAAUCUUGUAUAUGUCUGUCCGCCAAUAAGUACUGAAGGUAACAUAGAUAAUGCCGUCUCAUAAUUCGUGAUUAUCAGGCCGGUCAUGGUGGUUAGAAGGGUGGUGUAUUUAAUGACCUGUGGGGGUAGGUGCAGCUGUCUAGCCAUAGAAGCGACUAUGGUGUCCAUCACUCUUGCUGUGAAACCUAAAGAUUUCAUUAGCAAUGCUGUGUAUGCUGGUGUCAUAACGAUAUGUGGGACGAUGUUCAUCAUCAUAGUACGAUCUUUACAACGUCUGCGUAGGUAAGGAACGAUUAGGCCGUGCGUCGUAAUUAGGCUGCUAAUAGGGUGUUGAUAUAUAAGUACUAUCAGAUCCCUACUACAACCAGCCACAAAACGCAGAAUACGCCAUGUGUUACCCAUAGAGUAAACUGUUUUUACGGUAACACUCACGUUCUUGCAGAAAGCUUUUGAAAUAUCGUAUACUGACAGUAUUAAAGAUAUAAAGCCUUUUGAAGUGGCACUGGUCAAUUGCUUGAACGAAGUUAGCGUUUGUGUAGCAGCGGAGAUGAUCUCUGGUGCUUCACUGGCUGCUAGUUCUUCGGCAAUGAUUUCUCCGGUUUCCACUGCUGCUGCUAUGAAGUUACCUUCGACUAGGUCCUAAACGAUUUCCAUAGCUUGGUGAGUUGUUAGUUCGUUAACAGAUUCAAUAAAGGGUGAAGUCUCACCUACUACGGUUUCGGUUAUUUCAGAUGUUAUUUCAGACAUAAUACCUUCGACGGUCUCAGGUAUUACGUUAGGUACAGCGGUAUUCAUAAUUUCCUCUACAGUUCCAGUCUGGAUGGCAGUUUCCGUGGUGAUUGUAGUCAUUUCUCGAUGGAAGAUAGAAGGUGUAGCCCAGAAGUCUAUUUCAGAAAUUAGUUCUUCUACAACAUCCAUGAUUACGGUUGGAGUGUGGGUUAUUUUAACAUCGUGUCUUCGGAUACGACUUCGGAUACUACGUUGGAGAUGGUGUUAGCGGCUGUCUCAUGAGUUUCCUGGAUUUUCAUAAGGUCUGAGAGAGUAAAAGGUGCAGAACCAUCGCAAGAUACUAAACAUGAAGAUGAUUUUCCUAGAACAAAGUUGAUUACAUCUACUAUGUCCCCGGAACCAACUCUAACGUCAGUUUUGCAGAAAUGAAAAUCUUUGUUGUAGCGUUCAGUUCCAGCAAUCACGUGGCAUACUACAGGGUUGAAUUGCACUACGCCGCUGAAUUGUGGGCAAGUUGUUACGACGUCGGUUAACUUAGGGAAGAAACCUAGUUUCUUAAUGCACUCGAUCGGAACCUCGUUAGGUAAUCCUGUUUUUAGAGCAGUGGACUGUAUAUCCAUAGGUCACUGGUUCAUAUCCGGUUCGAAUUCCGGCCACCAAAGAAAGUAUUUCUUUAAAUUAUCUGAGAAAUUAAAUUGUAGGAUUAGUAGUAGAAUACCCUUUCGCACCGAUUCCUUCCAUUGAGGCCCUUUAUGAAUCUCGGAAUUAAAGAGAGCUUUGCAAGUCUCAUGAUUGGGGGUAAUUGCUGUAUGUGCUGUAAGUGUUUUUUCGGUUUUGAGUGCACGUUACUCCGUUUUAGUUUUUGGAUGUGUCUAUUUGGAAUGGUGCUAGUGUUCAAAGUACAUGUAUUCUGUAUAUAACCGCCGAUACGAGUUACUAGUCAUGGUUCUGCAGGUACUGGAGUAGGUUUGUCAGAUACUAUUUGUUGUGGAUUAAUUCUUAUUGGUACUGCUAAUGAUGGUUUGUUGUUGAGAACAAGACCAGUUGAGUGUAUUGGGGUAUCCGUUUUUGUGUGGUACUUGGCUGUACGAAGGAUUUUUAGUUGCAAUUCAGUCAAUGAGUUGGCUGUUUCAAACUUAACCAAGUAUGAUUGACGCAAAUUACAAGUAGCAGCGGCGUUAGGGUCAACAAAAUCCACGUUAUAACGGGUCUGGUGAUACUCAUCUGACAAGUCUAAGAAUGCUGUUCCUGAUACUGUGAAUUUACUUAUACAACGAAGGUUUCUAUGGUUUAAAGGACCGAUUGAUUAUAUUAUGACUCGUUUAUCAUGAGAUGUUCUGAAGUUUUUGAUUGCGUUGUCUAGAUCGUGUUUAAUGUCAGGUUGAGAACAAGCAUACGGCCAUACGUAGUUUUUGUUUUUAGGAAGUAAUUGACGUAUGUCAACUACUAGGUCCGGGUAUGAGUCACACAUCGUCGUUACACCUUGGUGGAAAGGUAUCAUUAUGUAAGGUGUUGCAGGUAAGAACAUUUGUAAUCUUGUAUAUGUCUGUCCGCCAAUAAGUACUGAAGGUAACAUAGAUAAUGCCGUCUCAUAAUUCGUGAUUAUCAGGCCGGUCAUGGUGGUUAGAAGGGUGGUGUAUUUAAUGACCUGUGGGGGUAGGUGCAGCUGUCUAGCCAUAGAAGCGACUAUGGUGUCCAUCACUCUUGCUGUGAAACCUAAAGAUUUCAUUAGCAAUGCUGUGUAUGCUGGUGUCAUAACGAUAUGUGGGACGAUGUUCAUCAUCAUAGUACGAUCUUUACAACGUCUGCGUAGGUAAGGAACGAUUAGGCCGUGCGUCGUAAUUAGGCUGCUAAUAGGGUGUUGAUAUAUAAGUACUAUCAGAUCCCUACUACAACCAGCCACAAAACGCAGAAUACGCCAUGUGUUACCCAUAGAGUAAACUGUUUUUACGGUAACACUCACGUUCUUGCAGAAAGCUUUUGAAAUAUCGUAUACUGACAGUAUUAAAGAUAUAAAGCCUUUUGAAGUGGCACUGGUCAAUUGCUUGAACGAAGUUAGCGUUUGUGUAGCAGCGGAGAUGAUCUCUGGUGCUUCACUGGCUGCUAGUUCUUCGGCAAUGAUUUCUCCGGUUUCCACUGCUGCUGCUAUGAAGUUACCUUCGACUAGGUCCUAAACGAUUUCCAUAGCUUGGUGAGUUGUUAGUUCGUUAACAGAUUCAAUAAAGGGUGAAGUCUCACCUACUACGGUUUCGGUUAUUUCAGAUGUUAUUUCAGACAUAAUACCUUCGACGGUCUCAGGUAUUACGUUAGGUACAGCGGUAUUCAUAAUUUCCUCUACAGUUCCAGUCUGGAUGGCAGUUUCCGUGGUGAUUGUAGUCAUUUCUCGAUGGAAGAUAGAAGGUGUAGCCCAGAAGUCUAUUUCAGAAAUUAGUUCUUCUACAACAUCCAUGAUUACGGUUGGAGUGUGGGUUAUUUUAACAUCGUGUCUUCGGAUACGACUUCGGAUACUACGUUGGAGAUGGUGUUAGCGGCUGUCUCAUGAGUUUCCUGGAUUUUCAUAAGGUCUGAGAGAGUAAAAGGUGCAGAACCAUCGCAAGAUACUAAACAUGAAGAUGAUUUUCCUAGAACAAAGUUGAUUACAUCUACUAUGUCCCCGGAACCAACUCUAACGUCAGUUUUGCAGAAAUGAAAAUCUUUGUUGUAGCGUUCAGUUCCAGCAAUCACGUGGCAUACUACAGGGUUGAAUUGCACUACGCCGCUGAAUUGUGGGCAAGUUGUUACGACGUCGGUUAACUUAGGGAAGAAACCUAGUUUCUUAAUGCACUCGAUCGGAACCUCGUUAGGUAAUCCUGUUUUUAGAGCAGUGGACUGUAUAUCCAUAGGUCACUGGUUCAUAUCCGGUUCGAAUUCCGGCCACCAAAGAAAGUAUUUCUUUAAAUUAUCUGAGAAAUUAAAUUGUAGGAUUAGUAGUAGAAUACCCUUUCGCACCGAUUCCUUCCAUUGAGGCCCUUUAUGAAUCUCGGAAUUAAAGAGAGCUUUGCAAGUCUCAUGAUUGGGGGUAAUUGCUGUAUGUGCUGUAAGUGUUUUUUCGGUUUUGAGUGCACGUUACUCCGUUUUAGUUUUUGGAUGUGUCUAUUUGGAAUGGUGCUAGUGUUCAAAGUACAUGUAUUCUGUAUAUAACCGCCGAUACGAGUUACUAGUCAUGGUUCUGCAGGUACUGGAGUAGGUUUGUCAGAUACUAUUUGUUGUGGAUUAAUUCUUAUUGGUACUGCUAAUGAUGGUUUGUUGUUGAGAACAAGACCAGUUGAGUGUAUUGGGGUAUCCGUUUUUGUGUGGUACUUGGCUGUACGAAGGAUUUUUAGUUGCAAUUCAGUCAAUGAGUUGGCUGUUUCAAACUUAACCAAGUAUGAUUGACGCAAAUUACAAGUAGCAGCGGCGUUAGGGUCAACAAAAUCCACGUUAUAACGGGUCUGGUGAUACUCAUCUGACAAGUCUAAGAAUGCUGUUCCUGAUACUGUGAAUUUACUUAUACAACGAAGGUUUCUAUGGUUUAAAGGACCGAUUGAUUAUAUUAUGACUCGUUUAUCAUGAGAUGUUCUGAAGUUUUUGAUUGCGUUGUCUAGAUCGUGUUUAAUGUCAGGUUGAGAACAAGCAUACGGCCAUACGUAGUUUUUGUUUUUAGGAAGUAAUUGACGUAUGUCAACUACUAGGUCCGGGUAUGAGUCACACAUCGUCGUUACACCUUGGUGGAAAGGUAUCAUUAUGUAAGGUGUUGCAGGUAAGAACAUUUGUAAUCUUGUAUAUGUCUGUCCGCCAAUAAGUACUGAAGGUAACAUAGAUAAUGCCGUCUCAUAAUUCGUGAUUAUCAGGCCGGUCAUGGUGGUUAGAAGGGUGGUGUAUUUAAUGACCUGUGGGGGUAGGUGCAGCUGUCUAGCCAUAGAAGCGACUAUGGUGUCCAUCACUCUUGCUGUGAAACCUAAAGAUUUCAUUAGCAAUGCUGUGUAUGCUGGUGUCAUAACGAUAUGUGGGACGAUGUUCAUCAUCAUAGUACGAUCUUUACAACGUCUGCGUAGGUAAGGAACGAUUAGGCCGUGCGUCGUAAUUAGGCUGCUAAUAGGGUGUUGAUAUAUAAGUACUAUCAGAUCCCUACUACAACCAGCCACAAAACGCAGAAUACGCCAUGUGUUACCCAUAGAGUAAACUGUUUUUACGGUAACACUCACGUUCUUGCAGAAAGCUUUUGAAAUAUCGUAUACUGACAGUAUUAAAGAUAUAAAGCCUUUUGAAGUGGCACUGGUCAAUUGCUUGAACGAAGUUAGCGUUUGUGUAGCAGCGGAGAUGAUCUCUGGUGCUUCACUGGCUGCUAGUUCUUCGGCAAUGAUUUCUCCGGUUUCCACUGCUGCUGCUAUGAAGUUACCUUCGACUAGGUCCUAAACGAUUUCCAUAGCUUGGUGAGUUGUUAGUUCGUUAACAGAUUCAAUAAAGGGUGAAGUCUCACCUACUACGGUUUCGGUUAUUUCAGAUGUUAUUUCAGACAUAAUACCUUCGACGGUCUCAGGUAUUACGUUAGGUACAGCGGUAUUCAUAAUUUCCUCUACAGUUCCAGUCUGGAUGGCAGUUUCCGUGGUGAUUGUAGUCAUUUCUCGAUGGAAGAUAGAAGGUGUAGCCCAGAAGUCUAUUUCAGAAAUUAGUUCUUCUACAACAUCCAUGAUUACGGUUGGAGUGUGGGUUAUUUUAACAUCGUGUCUUCGGAUACGACUUCGGAUACUACGUUGGAGAUGGUGUUAGCGGCUGUCUCAUGAGUUUCCUGGAUUUUCAUAAGGUCUGAGAGAGUAAAAGGUGCAGAACCAUCGCAAGAUACUAAACAUGAAGAUGAUUUUCCUAGAACAAAGUUGAUUACAUCUACUAUGUCCCCGGAACCAACUCUAACGUCAGUUUUGCAGAAAUGAAAAUCUUUGUUGUAGCGUUCAGUUCCAGCAAUCACGUGGCAUACUACAGGGUUGAAUUGCACUACGCCGCUGAAUUGUGGGCAAGUUGUUACGACGUCGGUUAACUUAGGGAAGAAACCUAGUUUCUUAAUGCACUCGAUCGGAACCUCGUUAGGUAAUCCUGUUUUUAGAGCAGUGGACUGUAUAUCCAUAGGUCACUGGUUCAUAUCCGGUUCGAAUUCCGGCCACCAAAGAAAGUAUUUCUUUAAAUUAUCUGAGAAAUUAAAUUGUAGGAUUAGUAGUAGAAUACCCUUUCGCACCGAUUCCUUCCAUUGAGGCCCUUUAUGAAUCUCGGAAUUAAAGAGAGCUUUGCAAGUCUCAUGAUUGGGGGUAAUUGCUGUAUGUGCUGUAAGUGUUUUUUCGGUUUUGAGUGCACGUUACUCCGUUUUAGUUUUUGGAUGUGUCUAUUUGGAAUGGUGCUAGUGUUCAAAGUACAUGUAUUCUGUAUAUAACCGCCGAUACGAGUUACUAGUCAUGGUUCUGCAGGUACUGGAGUAGGUUUGUCAGAUACUAUUUGUUGUGGAUUAAUUCUUAUUGGUACUGCUAAUGAUGGUUUGUUGUUGAGAACAAGACCAGUUGAGUGUAUUGGGGUAUCCGUUUUUGUGUGGUACUUGGCUGUACGAAGGAUUUUUAGUUGCAAUUCAGUCAAUGAGUUGGCUGUUUCAAACUUAACCAAGUAUGAUUGACGCAAAUUACAAGUAGCAGCGGCGUUAGGGUCAACAAAAUCCACGUUAUAACGGGUCUGGUGAUACUCAUCUGACAAGUCUAAGAAUGCUGUUCCUGAUACUGUGAAUUUACUUAUACAACGAAGGUUUCUAUGGUUUAAAGGACCGAUUGAUUAUAUUAUGACUCGUUUAUCAUGAGAUGUUCUGAAGUUUUUGAUUGCGUUGUCUAGAUCGUGUUUAAUGUCAGGUUGAGAACAAGCAUACGGCCAUACGUAGUUUUUGUUUUUAGGAAGUAAUUGACGUAUGUCAACUACUAGGUCCGGGUAUGAGUCACACAUCGUCGUUACACCUUGGUGGAAAGGUAUCAUUAUGUAAGGUGUUGCAGGUAAGAACAUUUGUAAUCUUGUAUAUGUCUGUCCGCCAAUAAGUACUGAAGGUAACAUAGAUAAUGCCGUCUCAUAAUUCGUGAUUAUCAGGCCGGUCAUGGUGGUUAGAAGGGUGGUGUAUUUAAUGACCUGUGGGGGUAGGUGCAGCUGUCUAGCCAUAGAAGCGACUAUGGUGUCCAUCACUCUUGCUGUGAAACCUAAAGAUUUCAUUAGCAAUGCUGUGUAUGCUGGUGUCAUAACGAUAUGUGGGACGAUGUUCAUCAUCAUAGUACGAUCUUUACAACGUCUGCGUAGGUAAGGAACGAUUAGGCCGUGCGUCGUAAUUAGGCUGCUAAUAGG